UAACCCGAUGAAGAACGACGUCUCCGGUUGACUUUGUGAGGGAUUUUUUCUUGGUGAGAUUUUUGGGAUUCUUUCCAGAGGAAAAAGUGUCUGCUGCUGCAGCAGGACUCCAGAAGAAAACUGUUCGGUCGGAUUACAGACAGUCCAGUUUCGGAAACUGGUUGGAAAAAUCGUCUGGACGUCGUUGAAAUAGGUGAAUUUCGGUGGAUUUGAUCCGUGUCGCAUAGGAAAAAAACCCCAUUUAUCCAAGAGAAGAACAAAAAGUGGAGUGAACCUUAGAAAAAGGAUCCCGUUCCAAUGUGGAAGAAGAAUUGGGUUUGUGAGUCAGAGGAAAGUUUCAAAACUGGAAAAUGGCCAAUCUUAUGGUUUAUAAAGUGGUAAAGUGUCGACUAAAAACCAUUUCCUAUCGGGGAGACGAUUGUGAAGCUCCUAAAAGUGGAUAAAAUCGUGCAAAGCUCCUGAAUGAAUUGCUGCUGAGUUGAGUGAAAAGUGAAUUUACGGGUUUUUGGCUCCCGCUUUGUAGAACGGAUUACGUGACAUCAAUCGACUGCUGUGCAGGUGGAAAUUUCAGUGGAAGGAUUUGAUUGGUGAUAGUUUCGAAGGACUAAACACCAAAAGCAACGUAAAAUACCAACCGAAGUGAAACAUUAUUUCCCCAAAGUGAAAACAACGCUCAACUAAUGUGAAGAAGAUUUCCCGCAAGAGAAGUGUUACAGCAUUCGGUGCAAGUGUUAGAAUCAACCCCCUCUGAAGAAAGUGAGAACCAAAACCAGAAACCAUUCGUGAGUGUCUCGCGUGUGACGGCGGAGUGUGAGAGUGCGUUGUCGAGUCUGGAUGCGAAUUCAGAACAUUCUCUCCCGCAGCGUAAACAGUGAGUGUCGUGUCGUACCGAACCAACCCGAGCCGCGUACCGAAGCUGAAUCGACUCUCACCUCCCCUUUUCUGUCUCGUGAAAAAGCUCUCUCUUCGUUUCGGUCGUGCUCGCGUGUGUAGUUUGAAGUGAGACCAAGAUGGCGUCGGCGCCCAAAGUUAUUCUAGCGGAUCAGCAGGAGCUCUCUCCCCCAUCAACAACCUACAACGGACGACGCCAUCGUUCUCGAUUCCACCCCAGCUCCUCCGUUUCCGUCCCCGUCCCCGCUGCAUCCUGCUCCUCGUCGUCCUCGUCAAGCCGCGACUGCAUCCGGCUCAGCAACAGUGACAACAACAAUAAUCAUAAUCGCAAUAAUAAAAAUAACCGUAGCAUUAAUCGUCGUCGCCGUUGUCGGUCGGGUCUUAUGAGUGUGUCGUCGUCGAAUCUAGCGUGGCUCCUAGCCGUGGGCAUCUUCUUCGGCCUGGUAUCCGAGGGGGCCUGGGGAUUUGUGUUGGACGGGUCCCAGAACAGUUUUGCCCAGUUCCGGAAGUGGUACACCGGGUUGAAUGGAACGUUGGAGCUGGAAUUUAAGACCGAACAACCGAACGGGCUGGUGCUGUAUACGGAUGAUGGUGGGACUUACGAUUUCUUCGAGCUAAAACUGGUGGAGGGAGCCCUGCGGCUACGGUACAAUUUGGGUGGAGGGGCCCAGAUUAUCACCGUGGGGCGGGAUCUGCACGACGGACACUGGCAUAAGGUGCAGGUCCUCCGGAACGACGAGCACACCACCCUGACGGUAGAUGGCGUAUCGCAGAGUCGUACCUCCCGAGGGAAGGAAUUCCUCUUUGGGAAGUUUGCCACCAACUCGGACGUGUUUGUCGGUGGCAUGCCCAACUGGUACAACUCCAAGCUGGCCCUGCUGGCAUUGCCCAGCGUUAUCUUCGAGCCACGAUUCCGAGGCUCGGUGCGCAAUCUGGUGUACUCCGAUCAGCCGGGGGUCUCCCCAAGGAGGCAGGAGAUGCGACAACCCCGGGACAUUAAGUGCGGUGACUCUCCCUGUGAUUUGACGGCCAUUCCAAGGGAAAAAGUGACGAGGGGAACUCGCAGCAACGUGACGGACGCCUGUGAACGGCACGACCCCUGCCAGCAUGGCGGCAUCUGCAUAUCGACCGAUUCCGGUCCAAUCUGCGAAUGCCGCAACGGAGAGUACGAGGGACCCUACUGCGAACGAGAUAAAGCCCCCUCGGAGGCGACCUUUCGCGGGACGGAGUUUCUCUCGUACGACCUGGGCCAAACCGGCGGUGAACCGAUCGUCAGUGCACAAGACGCCAUCACGCUCUACUUCCGGACCCGGCAGCCAAACGGGCUGCUGUUUUACACGGGUCACGGAACCGACUACCUAAACCUGGCCCUCCGGGACGGUGGCGUCUCCCUGACGAUGGGCCUCUCGAACGGCAAACAAGAGAUGCAUAUCAAACCGGCGCGGGUUCGAUUCGAUGAUCACCAGUGGCACAAAGUUACCGUCCACCGACGGAUACAGGAGAUUUCAACGAUAACGAGCUUCUGCCGGCUGGUCGCCGUCGUGGACGACGUCUACACGGACCACUCGCACAUUGCCGGCAAGUUUACGAUGCUUUCGUCCUCUCGGGUCUACGUCGGUGGUGCGGUGAACCCAAGGGCCCUGCUGGGAGCCCGCGUGCACAACAACUUCGUCGGAUGUCUGCGAAAGGUGGAAUUUUCUGCGGACACCCUUCGGUUAAAUCUCAUCGAUUUGGCCCGAACGGGUUCCAAGCUGAUACAGGUGGCGGGACGAGUGGACUACCAAUGUCCCAGCGGAGAUCCACAGGAUCCGGUCACCUUCACCACACGGGAGUCUUAUCUGCUCCUUCCACCGUGGGACGUCACCAAGCAGGGUAUGCUGUCGUUCAAAUUUCGCACAAACGAACCCAACGGAUUGAUCAUCCUGAACACUGUGAUUCGGCAGCCUAGGCCGGACUUCUUUGCGGUUGAACUGCUCAACGGCCACAUCUACAUCCACAUGGAGUUGGGGUCGGGAGCUGUCAAGGUGCGGGCAUCCCGAAGGCGGGUAGACGACGGAGUUUGGCACGAGCUUUCGUUGAGGCGGAAUGGUCGAGAAGGCAAGGUGGGCGUCGAUGGACAGUGGAAUGACUUCCGAACGCCGGGUGACUCGACGCAGCUGGAGUUGGACAGUCCCAUGUACGUGGGCGGCAUUGGACCUCCGUAUGCAGAUGUGGUCAUCCCGCCGGCAAUCUGGACGGCUACUCUACGGCAGGGAUUCGUGGGCUGUUUGCGGGACCUGGUUUUGUCGGGGAAACCCGUGGACAUAGCCGCCUACGCAAGGCAACAGGAUUCAGGAGCGAUCAAACCGUCCUGUCACAUAGUUCCAACCCAGUGUGGAGGCUCCGUAUCUCCCUGUCAAAACGGAGGACAGUGCACUGAGGGUUGGAACCGGCCGCUCUGUGACUGUUCGGCAACACUGUUCACCGGGCCGACAUGCGGUCGAGAAUCGGCAACACUGGCGUUCAACGGUUCGCAGCACAUGGCCAUCUGGAUCGGUGGCACCCAAGGAACUCGAACGCAAACCGAAGAGCUGGUGAUCCGGUUCAAAACUUCCCGUCCGGCCGGCCUUCUACUGCUCACCAGCGCCGAAACCAGUUCGUCCGAUCGGCUCGAAAUCGGACUGGUAGCGGGCCGUGUCCGGGCAAACGUCAAGCUAGGCGAACGCGAGAAGAAUCUACUGGCCGGCCAGGGAGUUCUCAAUGACAACAACUGGCACACGGUGAGAUUCUCCCGGCGGGCGUCCAAUCUCCGACUGCAAGUUGACGGGGCACCUCCCGUCAGGGCGGAAGCAAUCCUCGGACGGCACAGCACCUUGGAGGUGAAAUCACUGCACCUGGGCGGACUGUUCCACGCCGAGGAGGAGAUCCAGAUGACGGCCGCCAUGCCGAACUUUGUCGGGCAGCUGCAGGGCUUCGUCUACAAUGGGCACCGCUACAUCGACCUCGUCAAAACGCUCGGACCCGAACUGUCCGCCCUGCCAACGACCACCUUCAAGCUGACGGCUCGCUUCAUCAACUCUCCCCCCGGGUCACCGUAUCUUCCGGCCACGUUCCGUUCCAAGCACUCCUACGUCGGUCUACCGAUGCUGAAGGCAUACUCUUCCGUGUUCAUCGACUUCCGGUUCAAAACCCUGGAACCGAACGGUCUCCUGUUCUACAACGGCGGCAAACGAAGCGACUUCGUAGCCGUCGAACUGGUCAACGGUCACAUCCACUACGUGUUCGAUCUGGGCGAUGGGCCAAUCACGAUUCGGGACAAGGCGCGGAUCCACAUGAACGACAACCGAUGGCACUCGGUGAGUAUACGACGGCCGGGACCCAAGACGCACACCUUGGCGGUAGACGAAUCGAUCGAAAUCUACACCGCCAGCGGGAACAACAUGCACCUGGAGUUGGAGGGCAUCCUGUACGUGGGAGGAGUAUUCAAAGACAUGUACUCGCGGUUGCCAUCCAGCAUAGCUUCCCGAACUGGGUUCGAGGGAUGUAUGGCCUCUGUUGAUUUGGCCGAUACGACACCGAGCCUGACGGAGGACGCCGUGGUACCGAGCUCACUGGUUGUUUCCGGCUGCGAAGGUCCCACCAAGUGUAGCCAGAAUGCUUGCGCCAAUCGAGGGAUCUGCGUCCAACAGUGGAAUGCAUAUGCUUGCGAAUGCGACAUGACUUCGUUUACCGGACCGACCUGCUACGACGAAUCCAUCUCGUACGAGUUCGGUACCAACAAGGGUCUGAUUCAGUACACUUUCCCACCUGGAAGGCAACCUGACACGGAAGAAGAUAACAUCGCACUGGGCUUCGUAACGACAAAGUCGGAUGCGGUACUGCUACGGAUCGAGAGCUUGACAACCCAGGACUAUAUCGAGAUGGAAAUUGUUGAGGGUAAUGUGUUCAUAGUUUACAACGUCGGAUCGCACGACCUCCCGUUGGGCGAAAUCGGCGUUAAAGUGAAUGACAAUAACUACCAUAUCGUGCGCUUCACCCGAACUGGGGCCAACGCUUCGCUCCAGAUCGAUGACUAUAAUGUUCAAACACUGUCUCCUACCGGUCACCAAUCGACCACCUUCACGUCGAUGUCCAACGUCCAGGUCGGUGGGAAGAUCUCCCGCAACGGACGCUCUCGUAUCGAGCGACCGUUCAGCGGCGUAAUAGCCGGCCUCUCGGUCAAUCGGCUACGAGUGCUAGACCUGGCGGCUGAACGCGAUCCCCACAUCAACAUGCGGGGCGAUGUACAAUUGGUAACUGGCGUUUUAGAUAGAAAUGACCAAAGAAUGCAGCAGACUCCGGCCAGCGGCUACCCGGGAGUGAUCGACGAUCUGAUCUUCAGCGGUGCCGGAUCCGGAUGCCGCGGAGAUGACGAAGACGAGUGUACACCGCCCUUCGAGACGGGUAGCGGCGACGACAUCAUCACGCCGGUUUACGUUCCGCCGACGAAGCAAACAACAGCGGCAGCUGGCGGUGGUGGUGGAAGCGGAGCAGGCAAGGGCGGCCGAAGGAAGGACGAAGGUAAGCUGUGCGACGACGAAGACUGUAUCCACGGAUCUGGGUCUGGGGAGGUCACGGAAGUGUUCACCGCAUCGACGGCCAAGAGUUCAGAAACGAGUGCGGAAGUGACGUACACGACGGUUGAUUUCGACAAAAAGACCGAUGGUUCAACGACGUUGACGACACAAGGCCGCUCAGAGACGUACGCACCUAGCGAAACGACACGUGAGAUUGACACGACGAGCAGCGGUACUACAAGCUACGGCAGCAGUAGUUCAGGAACCAGUGGAAGCAGUUACGGAACGACCGUAUCGAUAGGUACGACAGGAACGACGAGCGGUACGUCAAGUGGAACCAGCAGUCGAACGACGUACACUACGGGGACGACGUCGGGUUCUAGUACGUACGGAUCGACAACUCAACAGCAGACUCCGUCGGAAACGACAGUCAGUUAUCGAGAUCGCGAUCGGGAUCACAUUCGAGAGACGACGCAACCGCAGGCACCCACGACAACGGAUGACGACGAAAUCAUAGAGGUUAGAGGACCAGAUGAUGAAGAUGGUUCAGAAUCGCAGCCGCCCUACAAGGGACAGCGGAAACCGCCGCCUAUAAAGGUGGUAGAGCCACCAAAUCCCGAGCCAGAACCACCGUACAACGUCCAUCCACCGGCAUUCCCGCCAACAAGGGUUCCGAAGCACAAGGGCGGCCGAAUCAAUUCGGAAGCCGAAGAGCGAACAGCCAUGAUCAUCGGCAUCGUAGCCGGGGCUUUGAUCGCCGUGAUUCUGGUUAUUCUAUUAGUUUUGUGGAUCAAAUCAAACGGAGAUCGUUCGUACAAGACAGAGCAUGACAAGAGUGGUCUUUACGGCACGGGUCCAAGUGCAGCUUUAUUAGGUGGUGCGCACACCAAUGCGCAUAAUGCUCACUACAAUACGCAUCAGCAACAGCCACAUCAUCAGCAACCUCCACACUACAAUGGAAAUGGCGGUGGCGGAGGAGGAAGCAGUGGCGGUGGAAUAGGACACCAUAGCAAUGGAGGCACUAUGCCAUUGAAUGGGUCUCUGAGGCAUCAUCACAAUGGGGGAAAUGGUAUGGGUGGUGGAGGAGGCGGAGGAGGAAUGGGAAUGGGUAGUGGUGGCAGUGCUGCCAGUAUGGGUUACAAUGGAAGCGAUCGAGGCAGUAUGCAAUCCGGAGGAAUGGGUCCACCACCGAAACCGAAGAAUAGGAAUUCCAAGGAUAUCAAAAGAGUGGUACGUCUAAAUCCACUCUUGUCCGCUUUUUCACUCACACAUACAAAAAACGCACUCACACGCGCAUCAGAGACGUUAUAUUUAUAUACCUUAUUGCCACUAUGACUGGAAUGGAUAAGACAGACGACUCACCCUCAAACGCGCGGUGUCACCCACGGCAGACUUAUUUAUACUUAUCAUUGAUUAAUUAUUAGUCGAUAAUUAAUUAAUAAUGCAGAUUGUGAUGAUACAAACAAAAAAGAAAACUGUAAAGCUAAGACACACAUACCUAUCACUAAUCGUUAAAUUAACGGAAGAACAAACUAAAAAGCGUCAAGGAAGAAACUGUAUUGGGCAAAACAAACUCAUCCAAGUAGGCCAUAAGCGACACAUGUAAAUAGACAAAGGAAGAACACACACAAGAAGAGACCUACACAAAAAAAACACCCGCAUAGACACAUGCAGCAAUCAGUGCGAUGAGAAUGAACGUGCGCUUGUAUAAGUGGAAGAAGUUUGCAUUUCUUGUUAUUCCAAUUGACAAACUCUUGUUAUGACGCGUCUUUUGUUUACGUUCGUUAAUCGUGUUCCAAUUCAGCUUUAAUCGAAACGUUGUUCUAUUGUUUCUUUAGAAUUUACGAUACCAAAACACGUUUUAGGUACUUUACCACGAGCAUAGUUUACAUAAAUGUGAAUCGAAUUUAAUCCCUGUCCAACUUGAAAGGCUCCAUCGGUCUUUUGCCUUCACGUACUGAAAAAAGAGCACGGCAUUUCUCAAUGUUUCCUCUUCCGCCGUAGAUGACGUUUAUAUCGGAGUUAAAUAUGAAGCGUGUUUAGAAUCUUUUUGAGUUUCAAAUAGUUUACGCAAUCGAAGCAAACUGAUAGUGGCGAACGUUGAGUGAAGAGCGUUACACAAACACAUGGAAACACCUACACUGUCAAAAGAACACAAGUUACAACCGUAAUUGAAAGAUAUAUAUUUGAGAGCGACUCACAAAGCGAGGUUUAAGCGAGCAAAUUGUUUUUUUGCACAAAAAAUUUAAGACUACUGUAAACUGUAAGUGAAAUUUCAAAAAAAAUAUGAAGGUACUGAUGAGGGAGAAAAAUCUACCAUAAAUUUGAAUCUACCUUUAAGAAUUCCGAUUACUCAAAGCAAAUCUCUUCAAGAAAAAGAAACUGCAACUUACAGCAACAACAAAAAAUAAUGAUAAAUGUUCUCGUUUUUUCGUAUACUCCACUAUAGUAAAACAAAUCAAUCAACUCUGUUUUGCCUCCCAAAUUCCGUGGUUUUGCUCCUCUUUUUUAUAAAUCCAAAAACGAAAUCAAAUCAUUUUCAAUGUCCCAGGAUCAUGACAAACCACUCGCGAGUAGGCACGUAAAUAAAAAUCCGAAACUAUUUACACAAUCACUACAACUUAAGUAAAGUCAAGAUAUCAAAUUCUAACAUUCGCGGUAACACGCGAGAGAUAAACACACCCCGAGAUACGGAGAGAAAGAGAAGGAAAAGCCCAAACUAAAAUAUAAAACCGCCGGAUUAUUUUUGACAAUUUGACAUUUAUACUUAUUCUACUAGUAUUGGAAAAAGCGAAAACCAAAUAACACACUCACACCACCAAUCCUCUCGGGCGGCUCUCUUGCUCACUCUGCACGGAUCGACGCCUGUCGGCAAGAGCGAGAGAGCCGCAAAGAGGGACCAAAGGAGGCCAAUCUUCUGUCCAAUCGAAUCGAAACACAAACACACGGAAGAGACCCAACAACCACUACAGAGAGCGACGACCCUACCGAAAGAAGACGAAAAGA